GAAAAGUGUCAAAUAUUAUUUGUAGGCAUUAAAAUUGAUGAUUUGAGUUUAUAACCUAAAAGAAAUAGAAUUUAUCAAAAUGGAACUAAAUGAACGGAUUUUACAUUAUUUAGAUAAAUGUGAUAAAGUAGAUACGUUAAAAUUGGCUGCUGAAUUCAAUGAAGAUCAUCAAAAAAUUGUUGGUGCCGUUAAAAGUGUUGAAGCACUUGAAAUGGUUGUAUCAGAAGCAGUUAAAACAACGAAAUGGGGUUUAACUGAGGAAGGACAGCUGGUCGCUGAUCACGGCAGCCAUGAAGCUGUCUUGUACAGAAGUAUUCCCGACGAGGGCAUACCUCAGGCAGAAGUUAUGAAGAAAGUACCAAAUGCAAAAGUAGGAUUCAGCAAAGCUAUGUCCUCUGGUUGGAUAUUCAUAGACAAAUCUGGUGGAGCACCACUAGUUAAAAAAAAAAUAGAUACCAUCACUGACACAGUCCAAGAAAACUUGAUUGAAAUUAAGAAAGGAAUAGAUAACUUAACUGAUAGUGUGCGGAAUGAUUAUAAAAAACGCAAGCUUCUACAAGAAAUAACUCUAAAGAGCUUUGUUUUAACAAAAGGACCACAAUUUGCAACGUCUAUAAAGAAAUUAGAGACUGAUUUAACAACCGAAAUGCUUAUGAGUGGAGCGUGGAAGGAGUUGCAGUUCAAACCUUACAAUUUUGAUGCUUUGGGUCAGCCACCAGAAUGUGGCCACCUGCAUCCACUCCUAAAGGUUCGCUCUGAGUUCCGAGAGAUAUUCCUUGAGAUGGGUUUCACGGAGAUGCCGACGAACCAAUAUGUGGAGAGUUCGUUCUGGAACUUCGAUGCGCUGUUCCAGCCACAACAGCAUCCAGCGAGAGAUGCUCAUGAUACCUUCUUCAUCUCCUCACCAGCUAAGAGUACUGAAUUCCCAAUGGAUUAUUUGGAAAGAGUCAAGAAGGUGCACAGCGAAGGGGGCUAUGGAUCACAGGGUUACAGAUACGAGUGGAAGAUAGAAGAAGCCCAAAAGAAUCUACUGCGCACGCACACGACGGCGGUCAGCGCGCGCAUGCUGUACAACCUAGCGCAGCAGAAGGACUUCACCUCGCAGAAGUACUUUAGUAUUGAUAAGGUAUUCCGUAACGAGACGCUCGACGCUACCCACCUAGCGGAGUUCCACCAGGUGGAAGGUGUGGUGGCUGGUCGAGGGUUAGGGCUUGCAGACCUGAUCAGCGAACUGGAUACCUUCUUCCGGAGACUCGGCUUCGACAAGCUGCAGUUCAAACCGGCUUAUAAUCCGUACACGGAACCCAGUAUGGAGAUCUUCGCGUAUCAUACGGGUCUCGGAAAAUGGAUAGAGAUAGGAAAUUCUGGCGUUUUCCGACCAGAGAUGCUCCUGCCCAUGGGUCUACCUGAAGACGUUAAUGUCAUCGCUUGGGGUCUGUCCCUCGAAAGGCCCACUAUGAUCAAGUAUGGACUCAAUAACAUUAGGGACCUGGUCGGCCCUAAGGUAGACCUGCAAAUGGUCCAGAAUAAUCCGAUUUGUAGGCUCGAUAAGUGAUUAAAUGAUAUUUAUUGAA